AUGUCGAAUCGUUCAGCACCGAAAGGAUUCACUGAACGUUCAUUAGAUGAAGCUGCUCAAAAGAUAUGGCAAAAGCGUGUGUCCCAAUCUGUUAUUUCGGGUGAAUACGAAGUUUUUGAUGGAGAGGAUAGUAAUGAAAAUGAUUUUUGGGAUACUGUUGAGAUUGCUCGGGAGGAUGAUGUGGUUAUUCCUGGGGCAGUUGCUACUCACCAUGAUGUCACUGUUACACGAAGGAUUUACGAGGAAGUUCAAGACAACGAGGAUGAAAGGCCAUUUACAAAUCAGGAUUUGAUUGGUUUAUCCAGACAGAGACAUGAGUCUGGUGGGAGCUCACAUGCUGGGCCGAGUACAUGGUCUUCUAAUUGUUCGCGUGUAGUUCUUAAUGAUGAAGAUUUACAUGUCGAUCAAUUGUUUGACACGAAAAGAGAUUUUUGGCGUUUGAGUGCGACAAAGAUGGACACAAAUGAGUUCUUUGUUGUUCGUAAGUAUGCGCGGGAACAUACUUGUGAAAUAAUGCACAAGUUUCAGGAUCCACGGACGAUUUACAGACCUACAGAUAUCAUCAACGACAUCCGUCGAGAGUAUGGGGUGGUUAUAAGUUACCAGAAGGCCUGGAAGGCUAAAGAAUGUGCAUUGGAAGAUUUAAUGGAUUCGACAGAGGAGAGUUAUGCCAAAUUGGCCAGGUAUUGCCACAACAUGGUGAGAACUAAUUCUGACUCAACGUUUUUUAUUGAAACCGAUGGGCAGAAUCGCUUCAAAGCUAGUUAUGAAGGAAAGUUGAUUAUUGCUACUUGUCAAGAUGCCAAUAUCCAAAUUUACCGUCUUGCAUUUGGCAUUGUCGAUGGAGAGAAUGAUCUAGCAAUGCGUUGGUUCUUCACGAAGUUGAGAGAAGUAAUUGGGAACAUCGAGAACUUUGCAUUUGUGACUGAUCGGGGGCAGUCAAUAAUAAAUGGUAUAGCCGAAGUUUUUUCAGAAGCACAUUAUGGUUAUUGCAUGUACCACAUUCAGGGCAAUCUGAAGACUAGGUACCGGGGCAGUGGCAUCGUUGCAUUGUUUAGGAGAGCUGCAGAAGCUUACAGCUUUGAAGAGUUUACAAAGUUCAUGGGCGAAAUAGAACAUAAAUCAGAAAGUGCAUGGGAAUAUCUAUUAGAAAUGGGGGUCGAACAUUGGGCACGGUCACAUUUUUCAGGACGUCGAUACAAUAUGAUGACGUCGAAUAAUGCAGAGUCGCUGAAUGCAUUAUUCAAGAAGGAUCGAGAGUUACCGAUUCUCGCAAUGAUAGAACAUAUUCGCAGCAAGUUGCAACAGUGGUUUUAUGACCGACGUGAAGAAUCCCAAAAUUGCACGAGUGUGCUAGCUCCGGCACAGGAAGAUCCACUAUUCAAAACUCUGGAAGUGGCAAAAGCUCUAUUUGUGGAACCACUAGAUCAAUUUCACUUCUCCGUGAGAUGCGGGCGCAAUGUUGGAUACAUUGUAGACUUGAAUGACAAUACCUGCACGUGCAGAAAAUUUCAAUUGGAAAGUUUUCCAUGUGCACAUGUUUUAGUGGCUAUGUAUAGAGGAUUUCCACCACACAGCUUGUGCACACUUAAUAAUUUGUUGCCACCUGAAGUUCCACCGCGUACUCCUGGUCGUAGACGGACGUCUAGAAUACCAUCUACAGGAGAGUUUCCACAACCGCGUAAGUGCGAGAGGUGCGGCGCUAAAGGACAUACACGUCGAUUUUGUACAAGCCAGAUCCCACUAAACAAUGACUCGACGGAUGUGUAG